AUGCUUCAGACCCCAGGAGCCGUGGCCUGUGCCCUUAUCUUUCGGCUUCUCCUACUUACGGCCCUGCCGACCCCCUCUCAAGGCAACCACCUGGGCCUCACAUCAUGUCUGCGUUAUUCCACAUUCCUAGAUCCUUCUAAUGUCAUUUUCCUGCACUGGGACUUUGACCUUGAGGCUGAGAUCAUCACUUUUGAGCUCCAGGUCCAGACAGCUGGCUGGGUGGGCUUGGAUAUCACAAAUCGCUACACCAGAGUGGGAAGCAAUCUGGUUAUUGGAGGAGUCUCGCCGGACGGCAAUGUCUAUUUCCCGAAUCAGCACCUGGUGGAUGAAGACGCUCUGGGAGGGAGCCAGGAUGCGGAGCUGCAGGCACUGACAGAAGACACCAUCUAUACCACCAUGCGCUUCUCCAGGCCCUUCCACUCCUGUGACCCUCAAGACCAAGACAUCACGUGUCAUGAACCAGAUGUGGACGCAGGCUCAGAGAGGGGACAUGAGAGGGGGUGUGACUUACUCAACAUCUCCAGCAAUGACACUGUGAGGGUGCUUGCCACUUACGGCCCAGAUGACACUCUGAAGCUGGAUUGGGAGCGUACUUUUGAGUCCAUCUUCCUGCUCCAAACUGUCCACCCUGAUGAUCUCGAUGUCCCCGAGGACACCAUCAUCCAUGACUUGGAGAUCACUGAUUUCCUCUUUCCAGAGGAUGACACCACGUACGCCUGCACCUUCCUCCCUCUCUCCAUCGUUAGCAAGAAGCACCAUAUCUACAAGUUUGAGCCCAAGUUGGUCCAUCACAAGGAGACGAUGGUGCACCACAUCCUGGUGUACGCCUGUGGCAACGCCAGUGCUCUGCCCAAGGGCAUCAGAGACUGCUACGGGGCCAACCCCGCCUCCUCCCUCUGCUCGCAGGUCAUUGUGGGCUGGCCUGUCAGGGGCACAAGUUACCAGUUUCCAGGUGACGUGGGUAUCUCUACUGGGAUGGCUUUGGACCCCCAGUGGGUCUGACUGGAGGUUCACUACAGCAAUUUGCACAGUCUUCCUGGUGUGUACGGCUCCUCGGGGAUUCGAGUGUACUACACGGCGCAGCUGUGCAAACAUGACAUGGGUGUCCUGCAGCUGGGCUUCUGCACUUUCUCCAUCCACUUCAUACCCCCGGGCGCCGAGUCCUUCGCAUCCUAUGGGCUGUGUAAGACGGAGAAGUUUGAAGAGAUGUACGGGGCCCUGGUGCCUGGCAUCCAGGUCUGCGGCUACCUGCUCCACACCCACUUGGCUGGCCGCACUCUGCAGGCCGUGCAAAACAGAAAUGGAACACAACGCCGAACAAUCUGUAAAGAUGAUUCCUAAGACUUCAAUCUGCAGGAGACUCGAGAUUUACCUUCUCGAGUGGCCAUCAAGCCGGGAGAUGAAUUGCUGGUAGGGUGUCACUACCAGACGCUGGACCGCGAUUCCUUGACCUUUGUUAAGGGGGGUCCCAGCACCGUUAAUGAGAUGUGCCUCAUCUUUCUCUUCUACUGUCCCCGAAACAACAUCUCCAGCUGCAUGGGGUAGCCUGACAUCAUCUACGUGGCCCAUGUGCUGGGGGAGGAGGCAUCAGAUUCCAUGCAGGGCAUGAUGGCCAUGAACAAUGUGGAGUGGACUCCGGAGAACAUUAAAAAGGCUGAGAAGGGCUGUGAGGAGGCCCAGCAGACGGUGAUAAUAAAGACCAUUGACGAGCUAGUGGAAAACACAACAGGCUGGAUUCUGGAAAUCAUCCCUGCUCCCCGGGGUCCUUGCUUAGAGUCCUCCAGAGGCAAAGUGGAGCCCCAGGACAGAACCCCUGUAGGCUUCAGGGCUGCCCCCAUGGCCCUCUCGGGCUCCGGCACUGCCACACCAAGGCGCCGCCCCCUGACUGCCCUCUUGUUUGGGCAGAGGGCCGUGUCUUGGUUCCUAGCCACGCUGUAG